AAAAACCUUCAAAUAAUACAGUAGAUAGACAAGAAAUGGUCAUUGACAAUCAUCCUCAUGAUGAUUCCCUCGCAAAGAAUAAACUAUUGAGUGAGCCAUCAUUGCCAAGCAAUAAUCCAACACCGAAUAGUUAUUAUGCCAACUCAUCGGAUCCAUACUAUUUACAUCAACAACAUAAUAGCAGUUUGGAAAAUGUUUCUCUGCACCAUCAUCACGAUGAUUCAGAGGACAAGAUUUGUCGUUGUUGUCAUGGAGUUUUAACUGCCAAUGAUGAUUAUAUUGCUCCGUGCAAAUGUACAGGAUCGAUGAAAUUUGUUCAUCGUUAUUGUUUGGAUCAAUGGAGAUCUGUGAGUCCAAAGGCUUCCUCUUUCUAUGCUUGUGAUAUUUGCUCACAUACAUAUGAUAUUAAAGAUGUGGAUGAGAAUGGCAGAGUUCUCGAUGGAACAGAAGUAGUAGGGAAGGACGGAUGUUGUGGAUACAAACCAAAGACUGUGGCAAAGUUUGGAGCUUUGGUAACUGUCGAUUUUGCUAUCAUUCUUGCUGUUUGGCAAGUUUUAGUUUUGGCUUGUGCUGGAUUCUUUGCAUUGUGUGAUUAUGAUUAUGGAUUGAGAGCUAAAUUAUUCGGAACUGAAAUGAAUAUCUAUCUGGUUUCAUAUAUUUGUGGAUUGGUCAUGUUCUUCUUCUUUUUAGGAUUGUUUGGAUUAUGUUGUAGUGGUAUCAUUCUUUUGAAUAAGAUGAUUAAUGGAACAUUCUUUGGAAAUUGUUGUACUACAGAAGAGUUCUAUACCUAUGAUACUUAUCCUUACUAUUCAAGACCUUACUCAACCUAUGCUUGCUCCGAUAUGUUCUUCUGGUAUUGCUUCUGGUCAUCACUUUAUGGUCGUCCUAAUUAUGGAGGUGGUGGUAGUUGCUGCUAUUUAGGAUGCAUGAAUUGUCAAGGUGGAUAUGGUGGUGGAGGAGAUUGUGGAAAUUGUGAUAUGGGAGGAUGUGGUGGUGGAGAUUGCAAAGGAGAAGGUGUUUUGAUUAUUCUCGUUGUCAUUGUUCUUGCAGUUGCCAUUGUUGGAUUGUUGUUUGGUGUCAUUCUUAUGGGAUUGUUGGGUUAUAGAAUCUUCUCGAGAAGAUUUUCAGUUUUGAAGAGAAAGGAUCAAACCAAAUAUCAACAAAUUCAAAAUUACUGGCCUGCUGAUCAAUUGUAAAUAAUGUUCAUUUGUAAAUUUUACAAAGAUUAAAAUAAUAAUAUACCUUAAU